CGAUUGGCCAUCGCGAGACAGAACUAGCAAGAAAGAAGGAAGUCGGCGUGCGACGAGGACAAUCAACGGAGGGCAGCCGAUCUAGAAGCAGGACGUAAACGUGUUUGGAAUGUCUUCUGGAGUGGAGAAGGACAAAGCGAGGAAGGGGGAGACAAACGGCGGCAAGAACUUCUUCCCGCAAGCUAGCGACUCUGCCUCCAGGGCCGCGCCCCCUCCAGGCAAAAGCAUCGCAGAGUCCCCUCCCACUACACGAAGGUUGAGCUUCAGUGGGAUGUUCAGGUUGGCCUCGAGGGAAUCCAACCAGCAAAUGUCAUCCUCACCUAUCACCAGCAAGCUUUUCGCACGCAACAAGAGGAGCAAACCCAGAGCCUUCAGUUUGUCGUGCACCGCCCCCCCGCCACCGGCUCUGCAGACUCCCCCCGGCCAGGGGCAGGUGAGCGUCUUCCCCCUGGAGACAUACGCCAGCGAGCCCAGACGUCUGCGAUCCUUCUCGUCUCCUCCGGACACAGGACCGCGCUCGUCCUCGUCUUCAUCCGCAUCAGGCUGUCACCCAACACCUUUGGCCGCGCCCCUUGUCGUUGGCAACCAGGCAACGGAUGUAGCGGGAGAGAUGCAGCUGCGAGGCCUCGCGGACGAGGGCGUGUGUGCGGACUCCGAGAGGGACAUUUACACGCGCUUCAUGAAGUCUCACAAGUGUUACGACAUCAUACCCACCAGCUCCAAACUGGUCGUCUUUGACACCACGCUGCAGGUGAAGAAAGCCUUCUUUGCUCUUGUCGCAAACGGAGUUCGAGCUGCUCCUCUGUGGGAAACCAAGAAACAAAGUUUUGUUGGUACACACACGCACGCACACACACGCACACCUGGUAGGCCUCGAAGGUGGUUCUUCUUCCUCUUGUCUGUUUCAGGAAUGUUAACUAUCACAGACUUCAUCAACAUCUUGACCAGAUACUACAAGUCACCCAUGGUUCAGAUUUACGAGCUGGAGGAACACAAGAUAGAGACAUGGAGAGAGCUUUACCUGCAGGAAACCUUCAAGCCUCUGGUCCACAUCUCGCCAGAUGCCAGCAUCUUCGAGGCGGUGCACUCACUGAUCCGUAACAAGAUUCAUCGUCUUCCAGUUGUCGACCCGCUGAGCGGCAAUGCACUUUACAUCCUGACGCACAAACGCAUCCUCAAGUUCCUGCAGCUCUUUAUGUGCGAGAUGCCCAUGCCUGCCUUCAUGAAGAAGACGCUGGAGGAAGUGGGAGUGGGCACUUACGCUGACGUCGCUUUCAUCCACCCGGACACUCCCCUCAUCACCGCCCUGUCCGUCUUCACACACCGCCGUGUUUCUGCCUUGCCCGUCGUCAAUCACCAAGGCCAAGUGGUGGACAUCUACUCCAAGUUUGACGUGAUCAACUUGGCGGCGGAGAAGACGUAUAACGACCUGGGCGUGACGGUCACACAGGCGCUGCGGCACCGCUCGCAGUACUUUGAGGGCGUCCUGAAGUGCAACAAGAUGGAGACGCUGGAGACCAUCGUGGACCGCAUCGUCAAGGCUGAGGUUCACAGGUUGGUGGCGGUGGAUGAAGAGUCUCGCAUCGUGGGCAUCGUGUCGUUGUCGGACAUCCUUCAGGCGCUUGUUUUGACUCCUGCCGGUGUGCUCAGGGUCGACGACUCUUUCCACACUCGCGCUGCUUCGGACUCUACAUUGGACCAGGACCACAUAGCUGACCAGGAACGCGACCUGGGAAUUGACCACAAGCAGGGCGACAGGCAGGACCAGGAGAAGGACGAGGACCACAGUCAGGACCAAAACAUUGACCAGGACCAUGAGCACAACCACAGCAGUGACAAGGAGCAGGAACAAGAUCAGGACCAAAGUCAGGUGCAGAACAUUGAUCAGGAUCCAAAUCAUGACAACAACCAGGACCAUAACAAUGACAAGGACCAUGAGCACAACCACAGCAGUGACAAGGAGCAGGAACAAGAUCAGCACCAAAGUCAGGAGCAGAACAUUGACCAGGAUCCAAAUCAUGACAACAACCAGGACCAUAACGAUGACAAGGACCAUGACAACAGCCGGGAACUGAUCAAAGACCAGGAACGUGACAAUGACAAGGAAGAUAUCUGGGAUCUGGAACACAACCAGGACUAUGACCAGGAACAUAAUAAUGACCAGGAAGAUGACCACCAUGAUAAUGCCCUGGACCAGGAACUUGACAAUGACCCCAAUCGACAGCACAACCAGGAGCAUGAUCAAACCCUCUGUGGAGACAAGCGCACUAACUCCAAGCAGGAGGAGAUGGAGACUGAAGGUGAUACUGGUGGGGAGACAGAAAGGGGAGAAUGAGACCGGUCCGAGGAGGAAUUGUGACAUCACGUCUUAAGGCGGGUCAAACUGGGAUUGACAGCUGACGGACACACUCAUUAAGAAUGCAAGCAAACACAAGUUGUUUGCAUGGCAGCUAUUUGAAACAGGCUAGCAGCUAGCAUAGCAGCACAGUUACUUGAUGUAAACACACACAAUAAUCACAAUGUUGGUAGCUUCCUAAUGCUAACGUGUCCGUGAUAUUAAGUGAUUUUGCUACAAGCUAACCGCUCGUGUGAUGUCUUGGCAUUUUCUUCUAACGUGAAUGCAUCGACAAUCCUUUCGUUUGCACUUUCUGUUCUUGGAUGAUGUCAUCAGACGGCGUCGUUCAGCAAGAACUUAAACAUUCACAUUAGGAAAAAAAGUGCUGUUAUUUGCACACAAGUUGAAUCAGUUACUUGUUUUCAUAGACUUUUUGUUCAGUGAGCUACAGAUCAAUUUAAUGUCAGACAUUUAUUUAUUUAUUUAUUCAUUCAUCUUCCGUAUCGCUUUUUCCUCACGCGGUAGGUGGGGUACACCCUGAGCCAUUCGCCGUCCAAUCGCAUUAUAGUAUAUUAUAUAGUAUUUAAAGUUCUUUGUUACUGAAUUUACAUUUGUGAUAGAAUUUAGCGUUCUUAAUAGGGGUGUAAUGAUUCAUCGAUACAUCGAUAUAAUGCUCUACGACUUGUUGGCAUCGAUGCUAAACGUAAACAUCGAACUAUAUCGCCCGUUUUUGACCUCCGACAUUAGACGCGACUUUAUUUUGAAAUCCAGUUCAUUGUUGCUUGCUUCCUCUUUCCGGGAGCAGUGUGCGGCGUGUUGUGUUGUGAGCAGAGCAGGCACGUGAAAGGGGAGCCGACAACUACGUGGCUCCUGGGCUGGUGCUAUGGCUAGUGUCCAAGAAGACGAGGACAUUCGCUCCCCUUUGGGCUUCGAGUCAUUCGUUUGGAAGCACUUUGGAUUCCAAAGAAAAGAUGUUGUUGAUUUUGCGUAUGAAUUGUUAUAAAUCAGGAUAUUGUUCUAUAUCGAUCGUAGGGCACUAUAUCGUGAUGUAUCGUGAAUGAAUCACAGCAGGAUUUAAGAUAUCGGCAAAUAUCAUUCUUUGUAUCGAUAUGAUAUCGUAUCGUGACAAAACCCGCGAUUUACACCCCUAGUUCUUAAGUAACAUUCAGAAUACAAAAAAAAAACUGGUUUUGUCUUCUAAAAAAAUCUGAAUCUGAAUAAAACGAUCACGUCAUUGUCCAAA